AUGACUAGUAUUCGAAUUGGAAGUGAAUGUACGACCAAAACAGUCUAUUCUCAAUUAAUUGAUGGAAAUCGUGCACUAGAUCUUCGUCUAAAUCUAUUUGAAAAUGAUAUUUAUAUAGCGCAGGUAUUACAAGGACUUUCUCUAUCAGAUGUUUUAUUACAAGCUUGGAAUUGUUUACAGAAAACAAAUGACGAAAUUAUCUUUAUGACUUUAAGAUAUCCGUGUGGAUUCAAUCAAACAUAUAUCGAUCGACUUGCUUUACUUCUUGAUGCAUUUAUAAUCAGCAGAAUUCUUAUCACACUGAUUGAAUAUUCAAGAGAUUUACUCAACCAUACUUAUGCGAAAUUGAUUACAAAUAAUAUUUCACGUAUUAUCAUUGUUACUGAUGAUACUAUUAAUCCUGAUGUUAAUUCUUUCUUUUCUGCAUCAAAUUAUUCACCACCUGAUGGAUGUAGUCAGACGUUAUAUGGAUUUUAUACGAAUACCAAUGAUAUUAAUGUAGUUAUUAAGAUGCAAACUGCUAAUUAUAUUUAUGCUCAAGAGAUAUUAGCACCAUCAUCUAUUUAUAUGACACUGACACCAGCAUAUAACGAUAUGAUUAGCAUCAUUAUCAAUAAUAUUUUAGUGAAUCUUCACCCAUUAACCAAAUCUGUCUUUCUUAGUAUCCUCCGAACUCUGUUAUUAUCUGAGAAUAUCAAUAAUUUUAAUCUUACUUAUACAUCACUCUACAAUAUUUAUAUUCAACAAAAUGUGAUAUCAAGACGACAUAGUAUUGUCAGAAAUAUUCAAUCAAUACCAUCGUCUUCAACUAAUGAUAAUAUGUUUCUUCUAUACACUGAUUUUGAUAUUUCAACAAUAACAGAACUUGUAAACGAAUCAAAAACAACGGGAUUUGCAAAACUUCUUUUAGAUCCAGUGAAAAUUGUUGUGCCAGGCGGUUCAUCGACGCCAACUCAACAAAGAUUAGCUUACCUUCGAGGCGGUGGCAGUAAUUCUAGUGUUUGCCUCCUUCUUAUCUUCACUAUUAUCUUUCUUUUUAUUGGUAUUUCUUGCGUUUCCGCUGGCGGUGGUACUAAAAAUAUUCCAGCUGCAGGUGUUGGUGGUGCUUUUAUUGCUCUUGGUGCUGUUUGCUGCCUUUGUUGUUUUUGUGCUUCUUGUAAUAAAUCAUAA